AUGGAUACUGAACUCGAAAUUAAUACAGAAGGAACUGCUGCCAAAAUAUUAGUAGAAACUAUUUCUCAUAAAAGGUUCAUCACUGUCUGGAAUCGCCAAACUCAGUUUAAGGAUGGUCGUAUUAUUGAAUGGGAUGUUGUAGGUCAUCAUACACCAUAUCCUACUUUUGUUGUAGUAUUUACUUUUAACACAAAAACGAAAACCACCUCUAUUUUGAAAGAAUAUGCUCAAGGAACGAAUGAAAUAAAAUAUACCUGUGUUGCUGGUUCUGUAGAUCGACGAAAACAUCAAAGUCCAUUAGAAUCAGCACAACACGAACUAUCAGAAGAAGCACGAUUGACAGGUGGUGAAUGGAUAUGUUUAUUACCAGAAGGACAAAAAGAUGGUAUUAGUGAAUUGAAAUGGGGACGUAAUCGAUUUGUACCUUAUCUUUGUAUUGAUCCACAACAAGAUAACGAACCACGACAACGAGAUGAAGAAGAAUGUAUACAAGUUGUCAACAAUGUAGAAAUAGAUGAUUUGAAACGUUUUAUUACAAAAGGGGAAAUGAUGCUACCUAGUGUACAAACAUCGUGGAUGGCAUUGGAAUAUUUGUCUAAUCUAGGGCUAUUGUAA